AUGAUAGAGCAGUAAGUAAAAGUGUUUUUAGGAGUUCUUCAUUGCUUUCUUCAGAAAACCCGAAGACGUGGCUGAGCCGAACGAGAAUGAAUUCCACGUGAGAACUCUUCUGGAGUAUUUCUUCAAACAUCGUGUUUUCCAGAAAUUUUCUUUUCUCAUUCGGCGGAGCGAUAUCUUAAAAACGCGUGUUCCGCAAGUUUGGAGUAUUGAGAAUCACAUUCUGAUCGCCAAAUGGGUGGCCACGGAAGUGCCGGAUCAGUUCCAGAUUACCAAUCGAGUACCUUCAAUCGAAUCAUCCUGAAUGACUCUUUGCUUUCAGUACAAUUUGUGGAACAGCUGCGAGACGAGCAGAUACAUUCAUCUGAAAGUGGCGGAUUCGAAGAUUCGCGCCGCCCGCGACACCGGCUUCGUCUUUAUGGACUCACAAUACUUGAAGAGAGCGCUUUUUGAGUAG